AUGCUGAUGCUGCUGGUCCAGGGAAGACACUUUGAGAACCACUCCUCUAAACUGCUCCUCCUAACAACCCUGGGUGGCCGGUGCGUGGCAACCAUGGUGAGCGAGUCCCCGGAGCCCGGCGAGGGGGUACCCUGGCGGCGAAAGGAUGAGGCGCUCCGCGUGAAUGUGGGCGGCGUGCGGCGGCGGCUGAGCGCUCGCGCCGUGGCGCGCUUUCCGGAUACCCGGCUGGGCCAGCUGCAGGCUGCGGCGUCCGAGGAGCAAGCGCGACGCCUGUGCGACGACUACGACGCGGCGUCGCGGGAGUUUUAUUUCGACCGGCACCCGGGCUUCUUCCUGGGCCUGCUGCACUUUUACCGCACCGGCCGCCUGCACAUGCUGGACGAGUUGUGCGUCUUCGCCUUCGGCCAGGAGGCCGACUACUGGGGCCUGGGCGAGGGUGCGCUGGCCGCGUGCUGCCGCGCGCGCUACUUGGAGCGGCGCGUGGCGCGGCCGCGCACCUGGGACGAGGACAGCGACACGCCGAGCAGCGUGGACCCGUACCCGGAUGAGAUCUCCGACGUGCAGCGCGAGCUGGCGCGCUAUGGCGCGGAGCGCUGCGGCCGUCUGCGCCGCCGCCUCUGGCUCGCCAUGGAAAACCCGGGCUACUCCUUGCCCAGCAAGCUCUUCAGCUGCGUCUCCAUCGGCGUGGUGCUCGCCUCCAUCGCCGCCAUGUGCAUCCACAGCCUUCCCGAGUACCAGGCCCACGAGGCGGCGGCCGCCGUGGCUACGGUGGCCGCGGGCCGCACUGUAGACGGUGUGCGUGACGACCCGGUGCUUCGGCGCCUCGAGUACUUCUGCAUCGCCUGGUUCAGCUUCGAGGUGUCGUCGCGCCUCCUGCUGGCGCCCAGCACGCGCAAGUUCUUCUGUCACCCGCUCAACCUCAUCGAUAUCGUGUCGGUGCUGCCCUUUUAUUUCACACUGCUGGCCGGCGCGGCCCUGGGAGACCUGAGCAAGGUGGUGCAGGUGUUCCGCCUCAUGCGCAUCUUCCGCGUGCUCAAGCUGGCGCGCCACUCCACCGGGCUGCGCUCGCUGGGCGCCACGCUCAAGCACAGCUACCGAGAGGUGGGCAUCCUGCUGCUGUACCUGGCUGUGGGCGUGUCCGUGUUCUCCGGCGUGGCCUAUACAGCUGAGAAGGAGGAAGGUGUGGGCUUCGACACCAUCCCGGCCUGCUGGUGGUGGGGCAUCGUGAGCAUGACUACUGUGGGCUACGGGGACGUGGUGCCAGUGACGGUGACCGGCAAGCUGGCGGCCUCAGGCUGCAUCCUCGGGGGCAUCCUGGUGGUGGCGCUCCCCAUCACCAUCAUCUUCAACAAGUUCUCCCACUUCUACCGGUGCCAGAGGGCUCUGGAGGCUGCCGUGCGCCACAGUGGCCACCGGGAGCUUGAGGACUUGCUGAGCAGCGUCGAUGGCGUGUCAGAGGCGUCCCUGGAGACAUCCCGUGAGACCUCUCAGGAGGGAAGGUCUGCAGAUCUGGAGGCCCAGGACCCCAGUGGGCCUCCAAACUCCCAGGUUUAUUAAACCAGGGCUCCAUGUCCCCCUUCCCCCAACCCCUAGAGUCUGCUGAAACAGAGCAGAGAUGCCCCCCUGCUCAAGCUCUUCAUGAUAGUGUGGCUUGCUAAG